CUUGAAUUAGUUAAUAAUGAUAAUAAAAAUAAUAAUCUUCUUCUUCAUCUUUUUCUUCUUCAUAACUCCUUUUAGUCAUAAAUUUAAUAGUACCAAAACUUUCAUAUUUAUUAAUUAUCUUCAUAUUUUCUUCAUAAUCAUCAAAAUCAUUAUGAUGACCUUCAUUUUUAAUAAUUAUUAAUUUAAGUAAUUUUUUUCAAUAUUGUAUAUUUUUAAUUCGCAAAAAUUAUUUUGUGAAUGAUUUACAAUAGUUUCUAAUACUUGUUUUUGACUUAAAAACCUUUUCCCACACUGAAUUUUAAUACCUUCCAAGUUUUGACAACUACAAAGUAUAGUUUUUAAUACAUGAGUCUUCUAAGGUUUGGACAAAAUUUAGCAACAGAUAAUCUUAAAGCUUUAUCACUUUCAGAUGUAUAAAAAUAUUUGAGAGUUUGUCCAUUAUGUUCUAAAAAAUUCAUCACAUGUUCGGGGUUUGGACAUAGAGAAGGAAAUUUUAAAAUUUGUAAUUUAG